AUGGAAAAAGGAAGGAAUGUGACAGAAUUCAUCUUAUUAGGACUUACACAGAAUCUGAAAAUGCAGAAAGUGAUAUUUGCCUUGUUUCUGCUCUUAUACAUAGUAACACUGACAGGCAAUCUUCUCAUUAUGGUGACAAUCAUCAACAGUCAGACUCUAAACUCCCCUAUGUAUUUCUUCCUGGCACACUUAUCUUUUAUAGAUACAAUUUUUACAUCUUCUUCAGCACCUAAACUUAUUGUGGACUCCCUAAAAGAGAAGAAAACAAUCUCCUUCAAUUGGUGCAUGACCCAAGUCUAUGCAGAACAUGCCUUUGGGGCUGCUGAGAUCAUCUUGCUCACAGUGAUGGCCUAUGAUAGAUAUGUUGCCAUCUGUAAACCACUCCACUAUACUACAAUCAUGAGCAGGAAGUUGUGUGGUCUUCUUGUGGGGGUAGCUUGGACAGGGGGCUUUCUCCAUGCAACUAUCCAGAUUCUUUUCACAAUCUGGUUGCCCUUCUGUGGACCCAACAUUAUAGAUCAUUUCAUGUGUGACUUGUAUCCUUUGCUCAAACUCGUUUGCAUGGAUAUCCAUACCCUUGGUCUAUUUGUGGCAGCUAAUAGUGGCUUCAACUGUUUGUUAAACUUCUUCUUGUUGAUAGUCUCUUAUGCUGCCAUUCUGCACUCCCUGAAGAAUCAAAGUGUUGAAGGCAGACGCAAAGCCCUCUCCACCUGUGUCUCCCAUAUCACUGUGGUUGUCUUAUUUUUUUUGCCUUGCAUAUUUGUGUACCUGAGACCAGUGAUGACCCUUCCCAUAGAUAAAUUUGCAGCUCUCUUUUAUAGUAUGGUGGCUCCCCUGUUAAAUCCUUUAAUCUACACACUAAGAAACAAAGAGGUGAAAAAUGCUAUGAGGAAGCUCUGGACUCAGAAAGUAAAUUUAGGUAAUAAGUAA